GCAAGCAGGGAGAGGGAGGGAGAGGAAGGGGAAGGAGAGAGGAGGCAGAGGGAGAGAGAGAAGCAGCCUCAUGCUCCCUCCCUACAGACGCCCUCCUCUGUCCGAGGGAAACGGCCAGGGGCACUGAGUGGAGAAGCGAAAGAGAUGAGGGUGCAGACGACGACGGGAAGAGGCAUCCUGCCUUGCUAGUGCGACUGCGAGGUGCGGAGGAACUGACAGGCCGACGCCGGCACAGAUAGACCGCACAGCCCUCGCGAGGGGCGGUUUGGAGAGCGAAGCGCAGGAGUGCAAGAAUCCCGCGGCCGGCUGCAAGGCUGAGCGACAGGCAGACAGAAGUGCCCGGGGACAGACUGGCAGACAGGAGGCGGGGGCGCGUUCGCUCUCCGCAGCCAGCUGGGCAGAGAAGGCGGUGGCGCCCCGGAGCGCGUCCGGAGCAGCGAGGAGCAGCAGGGACCGCGGCUUCUCCCGCCGCCGAAGCCACCGCUGUCCCCGCAGCACUGGCCGCUGCAGCCCAGCUGACGCCGCAGACAGCUCUUUUUACUAGCAGUUAAAUAAAUCGACCAAAAAUAACAGUAAUACUAAUAAGCCAAGCCAAGCCAAACCAAUAUAGCCAAAUCGAUCAGUGAGAAACAAUACUAUUAAUAAAAGCCAAAAACUAAAUCAAAUCAAUCAAGGCACCAAGACGCUGGGGGGAUAUCCACUGUUCAGUCAAGGUUGACGAUGUGUCAGGCUGUGUAGGGGAGUCGCAUGGAGAUGGGCAUCCCGAACUGUUGACGGGGACAUGGGACUCCAGUUACCUCUGGUCCCUUGUGUGGAUUUCCCCGGUGCAGAAGGACAGAAGCCACUAGUCAGUCGCCAGGACCUACAGCAGGAAUUCAGCGCAAAAGGGCGUCAAACGUUGUUACUUUAAUUUGCAUCUGGGAGGAUGUCUGAGCCAGGAGACCUGAGUCAGGCCAUAGUGGAGGAAGGCGGGCCUGGGCAGGAUGCGGCCACUCCGGAGAAUGGCGUGGUUAAGUCCGAAAGUCUGGAUGAAGAGGAGAAACUGGAACUACAGAAGCGCCUGGCAGCUCAGAACCAAGAGAGAAGAAAAUCCAAGUCAGGAGCAGGAAAAGGUAAACUGACUCGCAGCCUUGCUGUCUGUGAAGAAUCCUCAGCCAGACCAGGAGGUGAAAAUCUCCAGGAUCAGGAUUCAAUUCAUUUACAGCUUUCCAGUUUUCCCAGCCUGCAAGAGGAUGAUAAAUCUAGGAAAGAUGACUCUGAAAGAGAAAAAGAAAAGGAUAAACACAAAGAUAAAACCUCUGAAAAACCCAAGAUCAGAAUGUUAUCAAAAGAUUGCAGCCAAGAAUAUACGGAUUCCACAGGCAUAGACUUACACGAGUUUCUGAUUAACACAUUAAAGAAUAAUUCCAGAGACAGGAUGAUACUCUUGAAAAUGGAGCAGGAAAUUAUUGAUUUCAUUGGUGACAACAAUAAUCACUAUAAAAAGUUUCCGCAGAUGUCUUCCUAUCAGAGGAUGCUUGUGCAUCGAGUGGCAGCUUACUUUGGGUUGGACCACAAUGUGGACCAAACAGGGAAGUCUGUUAUCAUCAACAAGACCAGCAACACGAGAAUACCAGAGCAAAGGUUUUGUGAACAUUUAAAAGAUGAAAAAGGUGAAGAAUCCCAGAAGCGGUUUAUCUUGAAGCGAGAUAACUCUAGUAUUGAUAAAGAAGACACUCAGCAAAACAGAAUGCAUCCAUUUAGAGAUGACAGACGAAGUAAAUCAAUUGAAGAGAGAGAAGAGGAAUAUCAGAGAGUGAGGGAGAGAAUAUUUGCACACGAUUCAGUUUGCUCCCAGGAAAGCCUUUUUGUGGAAAACAGUAGGCUCUUGGAAGACAGUAACAUAUGCAAUGAGACCUAUAAGAAAAGACAGCUCUUUCGGUUGGUAUGGUUUAAUUUCUUAAAACUAUGUUUUCAGAUUAUGUGGGAGAAUCAAUUUUCGCGUCAGUGUAGUGUCCACGCCGUUGUUGCUAUCACGAGUUUCUCUAUCUUUGGGGGCAUCACGGUGCUAACCAGAGGCGACAGCACGUCCAGCACAAGGAGCACCGGGAAGCUGUCCAAAGCAGGUUCUGAAUCUUCCAGCAGCGCGGGCUCCUCGGGCUCGCUGUCUCGCACCCACCCACCUCUGCAGAGCACACCGCUGGCCUCGGGCGUGGCAGCCAGUUCCCCCGGCUGUGUGAGCUACCCGGAGAACGGAAUAGGGGGCCAGGUGGCUCCCAGCAGCACGAGCUACAUCCUCCUUCCACUCGAAGCGGCGACAGGCAUCCCGCCCGGAAGCAUCCUUCUCAACCCGCACACAGGCCAGCCCUUUGUGAAUCCUGAUGGAACCCCCGCCGUCUACAACCCCCCCAGCAGCCAGCAGCCCCUGCGGAGCGCGGUGGUGGGCCAGUCCCAGCAGCAGCCGCAGCAGCAGCCCUCUCCACAGCCCCAGCAGCAGGUCCAGCCACCCCAGCCGCAGAUGGCAGGCCCGCUGGUCACUCAGGGGCUGCAGGCUUCCCCGCAGUCAGUGCCGUUUCCAGCUGUCUCUUUCCCUCCCCAGCACCUCCUGCCCGUGUCUCCGACGCCGCAGUUCCCCAUGAGGGACGAUGUGGCCACGCAGUUUGGCCAGAUGACCCUGAGCCGGCAGUCCUCUGGAGAGACUCCCGAGCCCCCGGCUGGUCCUGUCUACCCACCGUCCCUCAUGCCACAGCCCACCCAACAGCCAGCCUAUGUCAUCGCCUCAACAGGCCAGCAGCUCCCGACAGGGGGCUUCUCAGGCUCCGGACCGCCCAUCUCCCAGCAAGUGCUCCAGCCCCCUCCCUCGCCACAGGGCUUCGUGCAGCAGCCUCCACCUGCACAGAUGCCUGUGUAUUAUUAUCCGUCCGGCCAGUACCCUACCUCAACCACACAGCAGUACCGGCCCAUGGCCUCGGUUCAGUUCAGCGCUCAGAGGGCCCAGCAGAUGCCGCAGACGGCACAGCAAGCAGGUUACCAGCCGGUGCUGUCUGGUCAGCAGGGGUUCCAAGGCCUCGUGGGGGUGCAGCAGUCGCCUCCCAGUCAGGGCGUGCUGAGCAGCCCACAGGGGGCUCCCGUGCAGAGCGUGAUGGUCUCCUACCCAACCAUGUCCUCUUACCAGGUGCCAAUGACCCAGGGUUCUCAAGGACUGCCCCAGCAGUCCUACCAACAGCCAGUCGUGCUGCCUAACCAGGCGGGCCCAGGGCCUCUCCCAGCCGCGGGGGUGCCCGUGUACUGCAGCGUCACACCGCCGACCCCUCAGAACAACCUGAGGCUGCUUGGCCCUCACUGCCCCUCCAGCUGCAGGACAAACUGUGCCAGCGUGAGCAACGCCGGGUGGCAGGUCAAGUUCUGAGCGCCCCGGCUGUGGUCCACUUCUCAAGACGGUACUCACGGCCUGGAAGGGAAGGGGAGCAAGGUGGGAGAGGCCGCCGGGGACUCAAGUAUGCACUCCACACCCAAAGGACUGCUGCUGGUAUUCUGUUUAAAAAA